CCCCCCCUACUUCGUCGUGACGGGAUCUCAUGUUCGUCCGCAAUCACAGUGACCAGUGAGCAUGUAUUAAAUUCGUUUGCGAUGUUGCCGAUGAUCACCGGUCUGUAAAGCAAAAAAAAGAAAAAUAACGAAGCAACAACAACAUCCAGCCGGCGGUGAUUCAUAUUGCCUUUAUACCCUCGCAUUAGUAAAAGCUAGAAACGGGACGAAACGAGACACAGGGUUGUGAUGAUGAUGGUGUUGAUGAUGAUAUACUGCCGCCAGCUUCGAUCGCACCAGGGAAAGGAAUUUGCUGGUUCAUAAGCGCGCGCGCAACGUCAUCAACCGGUAUUCGGUUCGGAUACGGACUGCAUCGGCAAGGCAACCGUGUUCGUGUCGUGUUUACCUGCAAUUUCGGUACACGAUGCGUUUCUGUCCGCACGUGCAAUGCAUUAAGCCAAGUUUCUCCACGCAACUCAGUGAAGAGAAGAAAAAAAACACACGUGUCUGUGUCUGUGUGUGGAAAAUAGUGCAUAGUCCGUGUUGUCGUUCGCUUUAGUUUUGUGAUGGCCGAUGCGUGUGACAGGUGUGGCUUUCGUGAACGGAUGACCUCCAGCAAACGAUCGCUCGAUCAUCAUCACCAAUCAAGGUGAAGCAGAGGCGAAAUAAGGCGAAAAAAAAGCAAAGCAAAAAUCGGACGGCAAAGACGCAGUGCAGGGCCCGUUGUGGAAUGUUGGUGUUUGUGCGUGUGUGAGGAGCACACUGGUGAAAGUGUAUAUUUUUGGCCAUCGUCCGUCACCGUCGAAUCGAUCUGUGUUUGCUGUUUUCGACGUUCCAAAUGCCCUUGCGGAUGCUUCCUUUUGGGUCACAGAGUGUGGUUUUGCUGCAACGGUUCACAAUCAAACGUGAUUUGUGUUUUUACCACUCUGUCCAGAAUCAGUGAACGUUGCCUGUGCUAGGCAAUUAGGUGUGGUGCAUCGUGUGCAUAGCAUUACAGUAAAACACGUGAUUGUGUGUUUCGCCGUUCUCCGUACUGUGACAGGGAGGGAUUGCAAUUACGCUACAGUCUACAGCCACAAUAUCACAUUGUGUACGGCCUAGUAUCCACCGCCCGGAAGUGAAACAUAAUGAGUCAAUCGGGUCCGAUCGGUGGCAGCAACAUGGGUGUGAAAUCGGACACCGGCAAGGACACACCACAAGGGGGCGUUAGCAAUGAUAACAAUGCGCAGGGCGGUCCAUCGACUGUCAAUUCCCUCGAAGGGAACAAUAACGGACAAUCAGCAGCGGUGAACGGUGUGACGGGAUCGUCCGGUGGUCUUCCACCAGCGAACGGAGGCAACGGGAACAACAACAGUAGCAACAAUUUGCCACCACAUCCACACCAUCAUAAUCAACAUCUUCAGCAGCAUAACCAUCAUCACCAUCAUCAUCUUCAGAUGCAGCAACAGCAGCAGCAAAGUAACGAUGGAAGCGUAUCGAUAGCAACGGGCGACAGUGAAACGGGUAGCUUCUACGACCAAAAAGCGGACCUGUCUUCACAUCAUCUGGAGGACGAAGAUGGACUGGGUCCGUUGCCACCGAAGUGGGAAAAAGCCUACACGGAUAGUGGUGAAGUUUAUUUCAUCGAUCACAAUACCGGAACGUCACACUGGUUGGAUCCACGGCUGUCCAAGUUUCAGAAAAAAUCUCUCGAAGACUGCCAAGACGACGAGCUGCCGUACGGAUGGGAAAAGAUAUGCGAUCCACACUACGGCACGUACUACAUCGAUCACGUCAACCGAAAAACGCAGUACGAAAACCCGGUACUGCAGGCCAAACGUAUGCAGGAACGCGGAAGCACCACGGACGGGAAUGGGCCCGGGCCACUCGACCCGACCGGACAGCUGGGAGCGAACGGUGGCGGUGUACCGGGCGGUGGUGGCGUUGGUGGACGCGUGAAUCAUUUCACCAAGAACCCGGCCAAUCUGCGUGGGGAGCGAUUAAUGACGACGCUGGUGAAAUCAAUCCGCGGCCUAGGGUUCACGAUCGUUGGCGGCGAUGACAAUGUGGAGGAGUUUCUGCAGAUUAAAUCGAUCGUACCGAAUGGGCCGGCCUGGAUGGACGGUCAGCUGAAGAUGGGCGAUGUGCUGGUGUACGUGAAUGAUAUCUGCGUGCUGGGCUUUACGCAUCACGAGAUGGUGAACAUCUUUCAGUCGAUAUUGCCGGGCGAGGAGGUACAUCUGGAUGUAUGCCGGGGUUACCCGUUACCGUUCGAUCCGAACGAUCCGAACACGGAGGUGGUGACGACAAUUGCGGUCGAUGGUUUGGUACAGAAUGGUGGUGCCGUGAUAGCGGACGGUGAGCUAAAGUUUUUGGAAAACGGUGGCUUUAUGAUGGAUCAUCCACCGUCGGGAUCGUCCGAUGUGCAGCAUAAGAAUCCGCUGGCAAAAAUACAAUCGUCCGCAAUGCAUGGUAACGGGCCGACGAUCACGUCCAAUGGUGGUGAUGUUUACUUCAACGAUACGCUCUCGUACCAGCAGCAUUACAACAAGGGCAAACCGUACGAUCUGGUACCGGAGAUACUGCACAUCAACAUCGUGAAGAGUGAUAAUGGGUUUGGGUUUACCAUCACGGAUAGUUCGUACGGGCAGCGGGUGAAGAAAAUACUCGAUCGACAGUGUUGCAAAAACCUGCAGGAAGGUGACGUACUGUUGAGCAUCAACUCGAUUCCCGUCAAGGACAUGAGUCAUAACGAGGUCGUACAGGUGCUCAAGGAUUGUCCGAAAAACAUCGAAACCACAUUAAAGGUACAGCGUGGACCUGGUGCCGUUGGCGGUGGUAUGCUCGUUGGUCCCGGUGCAGUAUCCUCGUCGUCGUUACCCGCCAGCAGCAAGCUAACGAACAAGCUGCGAAAAAGCAUCGAGAUGGCAAAAUUCGGCGGUAACGGUGGAAUGGUGAAAAAGGACGGACCGGGUAAUUUGUUUCGUAGCAAAACACCGACCGCCGAUCUGUACAGUACGCAGACGAAAGAAAUUUUACCGACACGGCCGAAAACGCCGCUGGUCGAUACGCGCGCCCGGGCCAAAACACCUUCGUUGCCCUUGGCUGAGCUGAACGCGGAAGAGAUAGAGCUGGACGGUGCGGGCGGGAAGAGUGUGACCGACUCCAAGUUGGAGUUGAAUAUGAAAUCGAACAGCAGCACACACGAUAACGAUUCGAUUGCGAACGAUAUUGGGCUGUAUCAUCAUCAUCAUCACCAUCAGCUACAUGGGGAAGAUCAGUAUCAGCAUCAUCUACAGCAUGCGGGACACAUGAAGCAUCCGAAUCUGGCCGAUCGUUUGGGCGAGCUAACGAUCGGUAGUUCGAACAACAGUACGAGCGAUACGGCCAUCUACCACAACCAUGGACAGUCGGGAAAUCAUCCGUAUCCAACCGGUGGUGGUUUCCAUCAGACCAACGCAAUGGGUGGCCCGGGAGGUGGUGGACCACCAGGUGGUGGUGGUGGUUACAAUCAGCUGUACUCACCACCGCUUGUUCCACCACCACCAGUACCACCGCUUGGGCAAGGGCCGUAUCAUCACGAUAACUGCUUCUGCUACGAUUGCCAAGACUUGCGUCAACAGCAUCAGCAGCAGCAACAGCAUCACAUCCAGCAGCAGCAGCAGCAGCAACAGCAUCUAAUGAAUCGCCAGUUUUCCUCCCAGCAAAUGCACCAGAUGAAUCCUUCACCGCACGGGACCUACAGCCUGCCGCCGCAGAUGAGUGACAACAUCGGCAAGCGGUUGAACGAUUAUCUGAUGGACCGGAAGCGUUCGAUGCAGCAAACGGGUAAUCCCGGUCCACCGGUCGGUCCGAUCCCGCAGUAUGACAACCUUUACCUUCCUCAUCAUCAUCCGCUGCAACAGGGUGGUGGUCCACCUCAUCCUCCGAUGCAUCAUCUGCAGCAGUCACCAGGUGGCGGUGGCGGUGGUAUGUCACUGUACGAUACACAGCAGCAACCACCAAUGGCGUCCCAUUUCUAUGGCAAUCCGCCAACGGGAUUGCAUGGACCACCCGGUAACGGUUGGAAGAUGGUGGGACCACCCGGUCAGCAACAACAGCAACACUCGCCAUCGCAACAUCCGCAUCACCACAUUUACGGUGGUCCGGGAAUGGGUGGAAAUAAUGGGUACGGUGGUGGGGUACACCACGGGCUCGAUGAGUACAGCCUGACGGAGGUAACACUCGAACGGCAGGCGCUUGGGUUUGGCUUUCGCAUCGUGGGCGGCACGGAAGAGGGCUCACAGGUCACGGUGGGCCACAUUGUACCUGGCGGUGCCGCCGAUAAGGAUACACGCAUCGCUACUGGUGACGAGAUACUGAACAUUAAUGGUGUUAAUGUGGAAAAUGCGUCUCAUCAUCGCGUGGUGCAGCUGAUGGGUGAAGCGGGUCUCCGGGGACAGGUGACGAUGAUUUUACGGAGGCGGCAGCUGUCCAAACCGAUGGUCCCACCGCCUCCGCCACUGCCACCGAAUCCCCGCUAUCCUUACAACGUGCUCGUAACGCGGAAAGAAAAUGAAGGGUUCGGUUUCGUCAUCAUCUCAUCGUCCGGUCAAUUUUUGGGCUCAUCCAUCGGUGAUCUCAUACCGGGCAGUCCGGCGGAACGGUGCGGUGAACUGAAGAUCGGCGAUCGUAUAAUCGCGGUUAACUCGAUCGACAUUACCGGUAUGAGCCACAGCGAUGUGGUCAAUCUGAUCAAGGAGUCCGGGCUGCAGGUGAAGCUGACGAUCGAUAGUCCGCGCGAUGGUAUCAUGCAUCCGGCGAUCGGAUCACUGAUACAACCGAGCGUCCCAACGUCCGUACCGAAUGGGAUCGGUGGUAAUAUCAAUGGUGGCGGUCCAAUGCUUAGCUCCAAUACGGAUCUGUACGUGAGUAGCAACAGCACGGUGAGUGGCAGCAAUGGACCCACCAUCAACCGGUAUCCGGCGAUUAUUUCCUGAUUAAGGAUACGGCUGCAACAGCAGCUGGCCGAGCGGCAUCGUACGCUUUCCCAGCCGGAACCGAUGGAUGAGCAGUAGGUGCACUGCUCGCCCCGGGACAAAACAUUAACCAAAGUCAUAGACGUCACAGUGUGGUGUUGUGCUACCGAAUAAGUUUCAAUUUCUUCUGCCCUCUUAUGUACUUUAAUGACGAAUGCAGCCUUAAUUAAGUCGUUUUUGUUUGUUUAUCUGACAAGCAAUUUGUCCAAAAUGUUUUACCGGUGCAAAAGAAGGGUGAAAUCACGAGACGAUUAAUGUUAGCGCCAACUGCCUACCCUGCACCAGGGGUUACCAGUAGUGGUGUGUCAUGGAACACGGCGUACCGUGCGUGGCGUACCCGUUUCUUUUACCAUUCAAUAGCAUGCGUUAUGAAAUUCGUUUCACAUUACUUUAACCUUCCAUCUAGCUUAUAUGCUGCAUGUUACACUCUGGGAAAUUGUUGCAAAAUUAUCUCAUCGAUUCUAUUGUUUGCUUCCGUUAUAGUUUUUCACUCCCGUUUUUUUCUUUUGUAGCACAGUUUUGCGGUUGCCUAAAAAAUACGUACCAGUACAUGCAACAGUGCAAUGUGUCAAUGUGCCACGAUGGGAUGGAAGGUGUUUCAUGCAAAUGGUUUUGCAUUCGUGCUAAAAGAACAUUUGGAUUGUGUUACCAACGAUGUUCAAACAGCCUUUUUGAAAGAGUUCUAACAUUACAUUUGUAAGGUUCUGUACAGACGAAUGGAAGUUUUGGGUUUUUUGGUGAGAAAAAUUCCAGUUGCAUUCCGAUGCAAUUUAUGCAAAUUUUACCAUGAGUGGACUAACAGUUAAAAACAGUCUAUUCUUUAUUUAUGGGACUAUGGGACCUCGGAUUCCUUGACUACACUUUGUUCUCAUAUUUGUAUAUUUAGUCCUGCAUGACGACAUCUAAAUAUCGUUAAUUACAGUCUUCGUACUAAAGGAUUGAGUAUUUAUUUUCAAAUAAAUCCAAAAUAAUUAUUUUCAAGGCUUUUGAACAAUAUACGCAAAAUUUUAUUUAAGCUAAUAUUUAUGCUGAUAAAAUAUAACGUAGCUUACAAUACCCAUGGUCCAUCUCAACAUUCACUAAAACAUCAGAAGCAAAACUUACAAAAGCCCCGAAAUUCCUUUCGUCUGUAUGUGACUUUUUUGUUUUUAUUUUCCAUGAUUUGUCUUCCACUUUUGUAAGAUCCACAUAUGUAAUGGUACAGAGAAACAUGGCAAAUUUAUCAGUUACUUCUUGUACAAGCCGAUUUAAUAUAAUAUUAGCCUUCUCAAGUUCUAUCCGCACCGUCUCCCAAAAGACCUCAUGUUUGGAAACUGCUCAUUCAAUGAUUAUAGGCGUACACGCGACACUCCUCGAAGGAGAAAAGACUGGAGGCACCAGAUGUACUCAGUUAGAAACCGAGAACGAAAACAAAUGCAAUCCAUCCUGUGAACAAAAAAAAAACAACAAAAUCUUGCCUUACACCAUUUUUUUUAGCAAAAUAGUACGAUUGUUAACAGAAAACCAAUGAAACGAUUAGACCGUGAGCUCAAUAUAUACACCUGUUUGAAGAAACGUUUGUACAAGAACGGAAAGGUAGAAGUGCAUUAGUGCUGCAAUUUUGUAUGAACACGUACUUAGCGGAACGUUUUUUAUAGGAAAGAAUUUACUCUGACAUACGACGAUAGUUGUUUGAUACGGUUGCAUUUAUGCGUGAUGAAAUGAUCUUGCUGUUCCGCAUGCGUACGUAUUUAUAUGUAGACGAUUGCAUACAAAAACUCAUAUUAAACUUGUCCAUAUCUACACGCUCAUAAUGUACUUGAUGAAGCUCAUAUCGAAGAAUCGAUUGAUUCAAAAUGAAAAAAAAAACAGUAUAUUUAAACAGGUAUAUAGCCAAUGCGAAAAGUGCAGCCAGAUUCUAGAUAAGCGAUAAGCGUGUGUACCUUGCGUGUCUCAAAGAAAACUUAUUUAGGCGGAUAUAGUUGUUGUAUUAGGUUUUAAAGUUGUAUAUAGAAGCGUUGCAAGUAUUUUACUCUCUGACCCUUUACUUUCUCUUGGCUAAAACAUUAGUAUAUCUGAACUAAGCACCUUAGCAACAUUUUGCUCUGCAGAGAGAAAAGGUUUUGCCUGGUUGUUGGUCUCGUCGGAACAACCAUUUUUUCUUUAAAUUAACAUUUGUUUACAAAAUGUUUGUAUUUCAAUUUGCUCAGCCUUAUCACUCCCGCCUGGUCGUUGUAUAUAGGGUGAAUAGAAGAUGCAACAACAUUGCGAACAGAAACAUCACGAUAAAUACUAAAAUGUGAAACCAUAAGCGGAUGUCAAAAUCAAAUCAAGUGCCUCCCAUUUUUUAUUGUACGUUAGAAGAAAAAAACAAAGGGAACGUUGCGUUCCCGUACCCAACUAGUUCUAGUGCAUUUUAUACUUGUUUAUGUUAUGUAGUAGCUAUAGUCCCUGUAGUACUAUUGGUAGUAAACCAUUCAAAUUUUUGGUAACGUAAACCAGUCCUUUUUGCGAUAGCAAUAGUAGGAACGACUACAGCAAAGUUAACAAAAAAGCAUUAGGCGGGAUACCUGUUUUUGCUAAAAAUGGAAGCAAUGUUGUUUUGUGUAAAAUGUACGACGUACUAUUUGAAGUUAAGUUAUUUGUUAAGAGUAGUUGCGAAACAUAGGAUAUUUAAGUAACUGUGCACAUAACCAGGAUGUGGCAGUUACCUGCAUCUUAAACACGAACUUAACCAUUACCGGGUACGACAGGUAGCUUAUUGGAAAUGCAGUUUUCUUAUUCAUCGCGUAACAAUCAGACGAGUGUUCGUUGAUGUAGAUUUAUUUAAUUACAGAUUUUAAGUAGAAAACAAUACGUAUGUAAACCCCCGAUACAUGUUACAAUGAAGAAGCUCAUUAAACAAACAGCAAAUAAAGCAAGUAGUUGAAUCUGA